CUCCCACUAUGGCGAAGACGCCUCAGUACAAGGACUAUCCCUUCGCUCACUGCGCAGACCUGCGGCGCCCCAACCUGGGUCGCCUGAAGGGCCUUGCGCGCCAGGAUCCAGAGUACGAACAAGUCUUGCGAUUCUUCAUGACUGGGUGGCUUCACCCUCACAAGCCCAUUCCGGACGUUCUGGACAUUUACAAGCUGCCGCAGCCGUCCAGAAGCGUCGCUGCGUAUGAGAGAUACAGGGACCGAGUGGCGUCUGAGCUGCGAAAUCCGCGCGAUCCUUCCUUCGCCAAUGAGACGCUCUUAUUCCAUGGCACUCGUCAUACUAUGUCUGGCACCUCGCUGUGCGACCGCUUCAGCUGCUAUUCAUGUGGCGUCGUACGCGCGUCGUUCAAGAGGGAUAGAUGCGAGGCAGACGACUAUUUCGACGAUGGCGGAAGUGAUCCUGGCGUCCGCACGCUGCUGGUCAGCAAGGUCGUCAUGGGUAGACCGCUUGAGCUACGCUACAGCGAUCCCAGUAUUUCCGAGCCUCCGCCAGGACAUCACUCUGUCGUCGGCCUUCCUGGUGGCAAUCUCAACUAUCCCGAGACUGUCGUAUACCACGAAGAUGCUAUUCGGCCGGCAUAUAUUAUCAAGUACCGAUACGACACCGCGACCGCCAACGCGCAGGCGAUACCACCCGACACGUGCGCCUGCGCCGCGGAGGUCCCAUGGGAGAAGCAAGUGGAUUCGCUAGACAUGUUGAAGAGCUUCAUCCGUGGCGUGGACGACGUGCUCCGCAGCGCUCCUAUCCCCGUGCAGCUACGCCUGUCCUCGCAGGACGAGUUGGCGCCGAAGCGCAUCGCUCGGACACUGAUAGAGGAGGAUCAGCCGGUCCAUCGCCGCGCGAGCGCUUCGCGCAGCACCACGGUCGUGCGCGACAACCCGGCAGCAAAGUCUACGGGCGGCAAAGAGUCUAGCUUGUUGUCGUUGAUCUUCGGCCCUUGGCAGCGCGGACCGUCUCAGGAGACUUCGACCGCUGAGGCACGAACUACCGACUCAGACUCAGACUCGGACGAUGACAACGAGGAGGACAUGUCUGCCUUGAUUUCUCAAUUUGCGUUCCUGUCGUAGCAUCCUGUGUCACAUUCAUCUUCGCAUGUAUUUAUGAGCGGUAUUUAUAUGGGCGUUUUUGGUUUGUUGUACUUAGCUCUCUAUGUUGGAAUAUUUAUUCGGUGUUCAAGU